UCUUUAGACACCCAAAGAUAUUAGACAUAACACAUAUAAGGGAACGCAACGCACCCAAGAGACAUGAGAUUGGAGUGCAUGAAAAUAAAUUUCUACAGUGCCCAAAAAAUUGGCAACUUCAUCAAGACAAAAUGCCCCGAAAGUGUUCAACCAAAUGCCGCAGCGGACUGAAAUGCCCGAAUGACUUCAAUGGGAGGAGCCAGCAGAGUCUGGUUUUCACUGCAUUGCCACGGCAGUAUUUUCUGAGAGGACACGCUUUCUGUUAAUCUCCAGAAACUCGAAAGCAACUGUAAGUUUUGAAUCUAAAGUCCUUCACCACAACCCAUUUCUCUAUCUCACUCCCCAACCUACUCGCCACCACCACAAUCAUUGCCUUACCACAAUUCGACGGCAGAUCAACGCGCACACCUCAUACGAUUUCGAAUUGAGUUCUCGAUCUUCGUCGUCUAAGGCGUCGUUGGUUUUACUUGUCUUUCUAGGGAACCAAACAGGGAAAGUCGGAGAAGUCUGUAGCAGCGUUGAAGGCGAAUCCCAGCAGCGAGCCGUUGGGCUCUGAAUUGGUUUUUCGUCGCAAGGCCUGGCAUAAGAAGCCUGGGCAGUCCGACGGGCACGGUGAGCAACUUUUUUUCUAAAUUCAGGCCUGAAACCAAGUGGUAGAGAAUGGAGUCGGCGCUGGCUGAAGCAGCGGCAAAAGAAAGAGAAGCAGUAGGAGGAGGUAUUGAGCCCAGAACGGAGCCUUUGGGAGCGGAGAAAGGGAUGACGAAUAGGAAGGAGAAGAGGAAAGCGAUGAAGAAGAUGAAGAGAAAGCAGACGAGGAAGGAGAUGGCGCUGAAAGAGCGAGAGGAACAUGACGCCAUUCUCAACGAUCCUCUAGAGCUUGCGAAGAUUACGAUGAUCGAGCAAGAGGAGGCCGAGCGGUCGGAAAGAGAAGGGAAGAUUUUCGAGGAGCGAGAGACGGCGUGGAUCGAAGCCAUGGAGGUUAAGAGGAAGAAACAAAUCGAAGAAGAAGAGGAGGAAGAACGAACAAGAAAAGACGAAUUGUCUCGGAAUCAACAGGUCGAAAAUGAAAAUGACGGUAAUGAGGUUGAUGAGUGGGACUAUGAAGAAGGACCUGCUGAAAUUAUCUGGCAAGGAAAUGAGAUAAUUCUCAAGAAAAGGGUCAAGAUUCCUAAGAAAACCACGGACCAAGAAAGUAGAAAGGAUUCUGAUAGGCCUACGUCAAAUCCUCUCCCUCCACAAUCUGAAGCUUUUUCUGAUUAUAAAAGUUCAUCAAUGUCAGCACAGCAGCUGAUUGAGAGUGUUGCUGAACAAGUACCCCAUUUUGGAACUGAACAGGAUAAAGCUCAUUGCCCUUUCCAUUUGAAAACUGGAGCUUGUCGGUUUGGUCAGCGUUGUAGCAGAGUGCAUUUCUGUCCUGAUAAAUCUUCCACACUGCUUAUCAAGAACAUGUACAAUGGUCCCGGCCUUGCUUGGGAGCAGGAUGAGGGGCUCGAGUAUACUGAUGAGGAGGUUGAGCGCUGCUAUGAAGAAUUUUAUGAGGAUGUGCAUACGGAAUUCUUGAAGUUUGGAGAAAUUAUAAAUUUUAAGGUUUGCAGAAAUGGUGCAUUCCACUUGCGGGGAAAUGUGUAUAUACACUACAAAUCAACGGAUUCAGCUGUUGUUGCUUAUCAAUCUGUCAAUGGCCGCUACUUUGCUGGGAAACAGAUAAGUUGUGAAUUUAUUAAUGUGACCAGAUGGAAGGUUGCCAUAUGCGGGGAAUAUAUGAAGUCGAGGUACAAGACAUGUUCCCGUGGUACAGCUUGCAAUUUUAUCCACUGUUUCCGCAAUCCUGGUGGAGACUAUGAAUGGGCUGAUAGUGAUAGACCACCCCCAAAAUUUUGGGCGAGAAAAAUGGUUGCUUUAUUUGGUUAUUCUGAUGCAGAUGAUAAACCAAUGGUACAAGAAAAUUUUGGACAGCGGAGGAACUCUAGCAAGAAGUCAUUGGGAGAUUCUGAGAGGUACGGCUUACAAAGAUCUAGGUCUAGAGGGAGGGACAGUGAUUCUGGUAGAAGAUAUGACAAUGAAAAUUAUGUUCUAGAGGGAACAUGCCGUCAGAAGCGUACAGGUGAUGAGGAUCUAUGUGAAGAGAGCAAGAACUUAAGAGACUACAACCCUAGGAGGAGCAGAAAGUGGGAUACUGAAUCUGAUGGAGAAUUGGUGGAGAGGGAAAUAGAUAGAGAUGGACACCGUGGACAUACUAGGCGUAGCUCAAGACAGCAAAACAGGGACCAUAAGAACAAAACCUAUGAAACUGAAUCUGAUGGGGAUUUGUCGCAACGGAACAGAAUAGCACAUCAUGGUACCAGGAAAAGCUCAAGCCAACAGCAGAAAGUAGAAUCCCCGGAUGAAUAUAGGGAUCAGGAGAACAAAAAUCAUGAAGUGAAUUGGGACUGGUCAGAUAGGGACAGAGACAAAGUUGCUGCACACCAUGACAAUGGUAGACAUUCUGGGCAAAAGAGGAAAGUGAGAUGUCGGGGUGAUCAUAAGGACAUCAAGAACAGAGCUCGUGACACUGAUGCAGAGCGAUCAGACAGCAACAUGAAAGGUGAUGAACAUCACAGUAGGAGGAAAAGCAUGGGACCCUCGUCACACUCCAGCAAAGCUUGUAAAUUCUCAAAUCACAGGGAAAGAACCACCAGGUCCUGUAGUACUGACUUAAGUGAUGAUCUGUUAGAAAACGAUGCAGAAAGGCCCCCUAGUCAUGCUGGGAAACGAUCAAAACGCUUGGAUGAAGUGUCAUAUAUUUCAGAUGAUGAUAAAGUCCCAACACUAGAUUUGAAACAUAGGCGUGAUAAUUUGAGCGUAGAGAUGAGGGAAGCUGAUUCUCUAGUUGAAAAUUUGAAAUCACGUGGAAGCCAUGAGUCCAGCAGUGUGGGUCUAGAUGAUAUAAGAUGCAACUCUGAUGUACUCACGGAGAAAGAGGAUCGCUGGGAACCCGAAAAUAGUUCUGUUGAGAAUGAGAUAUGCCAUACUUGUAAAAGAAAGGCUGGAAGUUGAGAGAGUGGCGAUUCUGGCAGGCCAGGUCCAUCUAAAGGAAGAGAUGAAUCAAGUGAUUUUGAUUCGGAACUCUACUACUACAGGGUAACUCAUUCCGAACAUGGAAAAUCUAGAAACAAGGAUGGCAAGCUUAACAGUGAUAACAGACCACAGGCAGGGUAGCAGCCAAUCAAGCCACAGGAGACACUCGAGUGGCUUGCAUGAUGCCACAGAUUCAUCCGAUGGUGACAAAGAAUCUGGAAGGAAACACAAGAGGCACUAUGCAGGUCAUAGAUCUCGUGAUCACAAACGAUGUCAUUGGACGAAGUAAUCAUAAAAGCAAUAGGUUAGCCCCUUGAGAUUCAUCUCUAAAAGUUGUUAGAAGUCUGUUCACAAGGAAGAAUGUAACUUAUUACAAAUUUAGCCUGUUUGCAUAUAUGUAGGCUGUGAAACCGUGUUCUCGUUAUCAGUCAGUUGUGAAACCCUCUUCUUAUUAUAUUGUGAGGAUAUGUGCAUUAAAAUUAGACAACUUUUUCUUACAAGAAAGAACGAGUUUACUAAUAUGGUGUUUCGUUCAAUAAUACAUUCUAGGUGGAAGAACUUAUCCACUAA